AUUUGCUGAGUUAUUUCUUUUUUGUCGUCAAACAAAUAGCAUUUCAGUUUUUAGUUAGUUCUCUUUAAUAACUUGCGGACAGCUUGUAUCGGAAUAACUUUCAGUAUGACAACAGAAAUAUUAAUUCGAGAAAAAAGUAAGCAGGUGCUACAAUACCUCGAGAAGGGCAACUUGGAAAGUGCUCGACAAGCCAUCUUUAAUCAACAUGAAAUUCUAAGUUACAAUUUUGGUUUGGUCGAUUUCGUUUCUCUCAUUCCCAAAGUACGAAACUCGAAAAACAUUCGGAAAAACAACGAUGCACUUAAAGUGGUAAUAGACUGCGGAUUUGAAAUUUUUUCAAAAGGAGAAAACAUUGAUGAAUUGUUAUUUUUCGCUGCUGCUAAAUGCGAUUUGGACAAACUGAAGUUCAGCGUGAAGAAAAUUCUAGAAGUGGAUGCAAAAAACAUUAACCAAGUCAGAGAAGGAGACAAUGCUUUGGUUUUUCUGAUAAAAUAUGGAAGUCUGGGGCAUGAGGACUGUCCAAAAUGUGUAAAAUGUCUCAUUCAAGCGGGUAUUGACGUCACUAGGGAGGAUUAUUUUUCAAAUAGUCCACUAGGACUUCUUGUAAACUUAUAUGAAAAAUUUUCAAAUAGAAAAAAGAAAAAUGAUGCAGUGCUUAAAAAUUUACAAAAUUGUAUCGAGUUACUUUUGGACACAAAAUUUAUUGAUUUAGACUUGACCAAGUCUGACAACUCCAGUUUGUCUGUUAGAAAUCUUCUGGAAGAACUUCGCUUCAACCAGAACAUUUUGACCUAUCAGGUUGAGACCAACACCAGUGAAGACGAUGUUGCCAGGUUAUUUAAACUAUUGCUAAGCGGUGAAAAAGAAGCAUUUCAAAAAUCAGUCAAAAAACACCUCAAUGCAGACGACGGCAAUAAUACCUUUUUACAAUUGUGUUGUGAAAAGAACCUAAAAGACACUGCAAGUUUUUUGAUAAAAAAUGGCGCCGAUUUGACUAAAACUACCAAUAGGAAUCAUCAAACGCCUUUGGAGAUAGCAGCGAGACGGGAUCAUGGAGAAAUUUUUGAUGAUCUUCUGACUACAAACAAAAUUCCCAUAGACGCACAACUUUUCAUGACAUUCGUUCUUAAACGUCCAAAACACAUAAAGGCGCGAUAUUUAGACGAACUUUUAAAGUAUAAACAUUUAAAUCCGAAUUUAAAACUAAAUAACGGAAAUACUCCUUUGUAUUACGCUAUUACUUUUUCAAAUACUGAAGCAAUCAGCGUUUUGCUUCAACGCGGAGCAUCUCUUACUGCAGAAAAUGAUAAAGGAAAAUGUCCCCUCGAUUACAUAAAUGCUGAAGAUUUAGAAAAUCAAUUAAAUAAGUGUAUUAUCCUUGAUAAUUACACCGACAUUAAUAACGGCAAGUAUAACAUAGCUUUGAACUUUCAAAAUAUUAUUGAAAAGGAUGAUCAAGGAAUAAAAUCAGAAAUAACGGUUGUUGAAAAAAUUUCGAAUUCUGAAAAAUUAGCACAUUUACUCAAACACCCUCUUAUUUCGUCUUUUAUUGAUAUUAAAUGGAACCUUGUCAAAUCUUUAUUUAAGAAACUUUUCUUUUUUAACUUAUUUUUUUACACAACAAUUGUUUUAUCAAUUAUUAAUUUGAAUCCGUUUACUUAUUAUUUUGGGCUGAUUUUAAGUUUAUUAUAUUCGGUCAAAAUUGCUUUCUUUUUUAACUGGGAAGGAAAUAAAUUACACGAAACUGUAGAUCUUGCUAUGAUUACAACAAUAAUACUUUUUUUAAUGCAGAGUAAUUUAAUUUUGGCAAUAUUAGUAACGGUAUUAAUGGUUUGUUCACUUCAUUUGUAUUGGAGAUUUGAGCCAAGAUUUUCCCAUUUUUAUUCAGUUUUGAUUUUUACUCUAAGUAACUUUUUUAUUUAUUUGUUAUACGUACUCAUUUUAGCAAUAUUCGGAGGUGUUAUCUGUUACAUAUUUUCCUUAAUGCACAACAACGAAGGAAAUACAGCCAAACAUCAUUCUAAAAAUUUAUUACAUAGUGUACUAAUUUUACUUCCUCAGUUUUAUAUCCCACAAAUUUGCUUUUUUGGAGUAUUCGCUUCUGUGGUAACAAUAAUGAUUAUUACAAAUUUUGAAUAUUUUCAGAAAAAAGUAAGAACCAAAAUUAGCCAAUUCGAAAUAAUGAGUAAGACAAAUGUCUUAAUAUUUUUAAAAAGUGUUGAACAAUUUUAUAUCCGAUUUGGUGUUUUUAUUCAAAGUCCUCUUAUUUUUGAAAAAAAUGAAGGUGGAAUUCAAAGACUCGUAAAGAAAGAAAAAAGAAAAACAAAAAAUGUAAACAAUUUCAUCAUCAAUUAUUUGGUUAAUCUAAACAAAUUCACAUGGGCGAGACUUUCGACUAUGAUGCUUAGCGAUGAUAAUGUAAUUGCAGUCAAAAAUAAAAUAAAAAAUAACUGUGAAUGAAAGAACAAGAAUUGGCAGAAUUAUCUUUAAGUAUACCUACAUAAUUAUUGUUAGUAUAUAAUGUUGAUUAAAUUUAA